AGAGCAAUCACCUCACAGACUUGUACCGAAAAGAAGAGAGCCUCAGCGUGGCCGGGAGCGGCUGCAUCCACAGUCCUCGCUUCCCCAGCAGCUACCCCAGGAACCUCCUGCUGACGUGGCGGCUCCACUCCCCCGAGAGCACCAGGAUCCAGCUCAUUUUUGAUAAUCAGUUUGGACUGGAGGAACCUGAAAAUGAUAUCUGCAGGUAUGACUUUGUGGAAGUGGAAGAUGUGUCAGAGACCAGCACAGUUAUACGAGGGCGGUGGUGUGGACACAAGGAAGUACCUCCAAGAAUAACAUCAAGAACCAAUCAGAUAAAGAUAACCUUCAAAUCUGAUGACUACUUUGUGGCUAAACCUGGAUUCAAGAUUUGUUACUCCCUUGUGGAUGAUUUCCAGCAUGCAGCCUCAGAAACCAACUGGGAGUCAGUCACAAGCUCUGUCUCAGGGGUAUCCUAUCCCUCUCCAUCAGUGACUGACUCUACGCUCACGGCAGAAGCACUGGAUCAGGCCAUUGCUGCGUUUGACACGGUGGAGGAUCUGCUCAAACACUUUAACCCAGAGUCCUGGCAAGAAGAUCUCGAGAAUUUGUACACAGACAGUGGCCACCAUUACCGAGGCAGGAGUUACCAUGACAGGAAGUCCAAAGUUGACCUGGACAGGUUGAAUGAUGAUGUGAAACGUUACAGCUGCACGCCAAGAAACUACUCUGUCAAUUUAAGGGAGGAGCUGAAGCUGACAAGCGUCGUUUUCUUCCCCCGCUGCCUCCUUGUCCAGCGCUGUGGAGGGAACUGUGGCUGUGGGACGUCGAGCUGGAAAUCCUGCACCUGCGUGUCAGGGAAGACAGUGAAGAAAUACCAUGAGGUGCUGAAAUUCAUCCCUGAGGCUGGGCAUCCCAGAAGAAAAGGCAGAACCAGGAACAACAUGGCCUUAGUAGAUAUACAGCUGGAUCACCAUGAGCGUUGUGAUUGUAUCUGCAGUUCAAGACCACCUCGAUAA